AGUAGUGGUGUACCGGGCUCUCAAUCUGCCCACAAAAUGGAUUUUAGCUUGAACGGUGCUUUUGGACAGACACCGGGGGAGCGCAUUCACAGGUCCAGAAGUCACUGCAGGGAUCUGCUCUGUGACGUCUCUGCGAUUGUCGCGGGGCCCCUCCUCCAAAAGGCAACUCAGCACGCUGAUUCAAAGUGUUUGUGGAGUUCAGCUUGCUUGAGGUCUUGGAUGUAGGGAGACGCACAGAGUUGGGGAAUAGAUAGUUUCCUUUGUGCAAUUGCCAAUGCCAGCCAGCUCCGGGAGCUUGGGAGGGGCAGCAUUCCUGGUUGGAAUAUGUGUUGAGCGGAAAGUGGCUUGAUUGAUGGUCGUGCUUCUGCGCACAAUUAGUUGCGAUGGCUGCGGCGCAAGUCUUCAGGCAGGCCAUCAAAGCCCUGUGUCCCCGCCUGUCCUCCCUGCUCGAUGCACCAGCCUCAGCCCUGCGGCCCCUUUCCAGCGUUGCUGCAACACAAUUAGCGGAGCCUUCGCCGGAGCCGCUGAUUCCUCCUGUCGAUGAUCAGGGUGCUAGCUUUCUUCGCGACACUUCUCAUAUAGAACGACGAGCGGGUUUGGCAGCAAGGGAGCAGCCUCAUCGAACUGACUUUGAGCGCCAAGAUCCAGGACAACAACCUGCAGAGAGUCGCUCAUUCGGAAGGACUUUAGACGCUCAACUUGAGCGCGGGGGGGACGUGGCCAGCACUUCCGGACAGUCGUUUGAAGGGGCUGCGGCGUUGCACAAGAGCGAAGGGGUUGCGAAUGACUCUGUCGAGUCGCAGGAUUUGAAGCGGGUGUAUCGACGGGUCACUGCAGCAAAUGUAGAUCCUGAACACUUCUCCGAGAGGCGCGGCAGGGGAUCCGAUCGGCCGAGAGCCUCCCCCAACUCCCCAAAACUCUCGCUGAUAAGGGACGGCGAAACCGCAUCGUUCCUCAAGCGCAGCGACAUUGACCCAUCCUUCCAGCACGCCCUUCCCCCCGACCAGAACCAGUAUGUUGAAGCGAUAAUCACGCACAUGGCCCGGAUCGAACCGCCCGAGGUUGAGGAGUACCUGGCGAAGAACUUGGGGAGGCUUGAUGCGCGCACCAUGUUCUUUGUCGUCAUGCGGCUCGCGCGAAGGGGCUAUGGCUGGCGGGCGUACGAAGUCCUCAGCUGGUACCGCCAGCAGGAGUUUUACGUCGCGGACCCGACCCUGUACCACAUGUGCAUCUACGCGCUCCAAGAGGAGGACCACCACCUGGGGUGGAAGUACUUCCGCGCGCUCGUCUCCGACGGUUGCGGCACCUCGCACACCGCGUACGUCAAGCUCCUGCGCUUCACCUCGCAGAGCAGCGCCUUCUGGCGCUCCUUCGAGAUGCUGGAGGAGAUGCGGCGGCACGUGCCCGGGCGGCCCGACGUGCGCGACUUCAACAACCUGCUGGGCAACCUGCUGCGCUCGCGGCGGCCGAUCCCGUGCGAGAAGGUGUUCCUGAAGAUGAGCAUUUCGGAGGGCAACUUCGGCGUGGAGCCCGACAUCGUGAGCUACAACACGCUCAUGUCGUGCUACGCGCGCGAGGGCCACUACCGCAAGGUGGAGGCGCUCCUGGUGCAGAUGCAGCGCGCGCACAUCGAGCCCGACUCGUACACGUGUUCCACCGUCGUCCAAGCAUAUGGCAAGGCGAACCUGCUCGUCCGGGCGAUCCGCGCGUUUGAGGAGAUGCGCGCGGCGGGAUACCGUCCGAACCUGAUUGUGUACAACUCCUUGCUGACGACGCUGGCCAAGGCGAUGAUGCCCAAGUAUGCGGACAGGGUUGUGAAGCUGGUGGAGGAUUAUGCGGCGAUGAUGAAGGCGGAUGGAUACGAGCCGGACUCGUCCACCAGAAAGGCGCUCGUAUUGGCGUAUUCAAAGGCGGGCAUGUUUGAAAAGUCGGAAGAAAUCAUAUCGGGCAUCCAGGCCAAGGGCGAGCCGGUUCGCCCCCUCCUGUGGCACGCGUACAUCACCGGGUUCGCGGAGAUGGGCCGCGUCGCGGACACCAUGCGGACGAUCGAACGCUUCUGCGCGGAGGGCUACCAGCCGGGCUUCGUCGUCCGCAACGCCAUGCUCAUGGCGUACGCAAAGUCCGGCGAUCUGGCGAAAGCAGAGGAGGAGCUGCGCGGGAUGCGCGCGGACGGGGUCGAGCUGAUGCAGGGGUCGUGCAACGCGGUGCUGGCCGCGUACUCACACGCGGGGCAGACGCACAAGAUCGCGCCCUUCUUCAAGAUGAUGGAGGAGAGCGGCGUUCCGGCGAGCACGGUGACGUACAAGGUGCUGAUUGCGGCAUACGGUGACGCGGGCCAGUUCGAAAUGGUGGACGAGCUCAUGAACUUCAUCCGCGACUUCCAGCACGUCAAGCUUAUUGCCUUUAACCAGCUCGUCAGGACCUACGCCCAGGCCAACAAGAUCGACAAGAUGGAGGAGGCUUUUGGGAUCAUCAAGUACCGGAACUUCCGGCCGGGCAAGGUAAUCAUAGAUGAGAUGGCGCAGGCAUACGAACGUGCGGGGCUGGAGGACAAGGCGGCGCAGUUUCAGCAACUCCUGCGGCAAGUGCAGGAACAGAACACGGACGACUACUUCGGGUUUUUGGAAGAUGCGGAUGAACAGCCUCCAGACGCGGAUGAUAAGAAGGAGGGGCAAAGAAAGGGCAGCGAACACCGUGAUCAAGCGGGCUGACGGCGGACACGUUGCGGUGACCUUCUGUGUGUGCGAGUCGACCUGCAUUGAUGUUGGGACCCGUUGGUUGUUCUUUGACUUGUCCGCCGAACGAGCGGUUCGGCAUUGUUGGCAAACUCCCUUCACGAGUCGUGAACCGCUCGUUCGGCGGACAAUUCAAAGAACAAGCAACGAUGCCGAUACGGAGACUCGUGCUCGUGUAUCAUGUGAGCCCCUGGGGGUUUACGUUGCAGAAGAAUGUACGUUGAAGUUGUACCCCUGUAUAGUUGCUACGGGCGCACAUUCAUUGACGUGAGACGUGUAUGUGCGUGAUUUGUCGGAUGACAUUUAGCUGGCC